GCAGCCACAAGAUGAUUGGCCUGAUUGUUUUCACUCUCCUGGGUGCUGCAGCUGCAGCCCCGACAGAUGACAGGAUUGUAGGGGGCUUCCAGUGUAAAGCCCACUCUCAGCCCUGGCAGGUGUCUAUCAAUAUCGGCUACCAUUACUGUGGCGGCUCCCUGAUCAACGACCGGUGGAUCGUCUCUGCCGCUCACUGCUGGCAAAACCCCUAUUCACAGCUUGCAAUCUUGGGUGACCACCACAUCUGGGAGAACGAGGGCACGGAGCAGUUCAUGUCUGUAGAUGCCAUCUACUGGCAUCAGAGUUACGACUACAGGACCCUCGACUACGACAUCAUGCUGAUGAAGUUGGCUCACCCAGUGACGGUGAACGAGUACGUUAAGCCCGUGGCCCUGCCCAAAGCCUGCCCCACAGCUGGGGACAUGUGCAUGGUGUCAGGAUGGGGAAACAUCUACAGUGAUCAAGUGUUCAACCCAUUUCACCUCCAGUGCGUGGAAAUCCCCAUUUUGUCAGACAAGGACUGUGAGAACUCCUAUCCCGGCGGGAUCACUGAGCGCAUGGUGUGCGCUGGAUACCUGGAGGGAGGCAAGGAUUCUUGUCAGGGUGACUCUGGUGGCCCUCUGGUGUGUAAUGGGGAGCUGCAGGGUAUUGUCUCCUGGGGCCGGGGUUGUGCUCAGCCUGAUUCCCCAGGCGUUUACACCAAAGUCUGCUCUCUGAUGCCCUGGAUCAACGACAUUCUCACCUCAUACAGCUAGACUGUGAUCUUCCAUCACAGAACUAGACUAGAGAGAGAGAGAGAGAGAGACUGAAACUGAAGGCGGCAGAGACAUGAGGUGGUGGGUGGUGUCAGAGGAAAAAGCAGCAGGAGAGCAGCUGAGAGAGAGAGAGAGAGAG